CGCAAACACUAUCAAAAUUUGAGUAAUCCAGUUUGAGCCGUACAGAGCAUUGCUUGGCUACUCCAUUAUGACCUUGUCCACUUGCAUUCGUUGAGGAAGUCGACUUGAGCUUCGGUUUGGAGUGACUACGGUAUGUCAAUGAUUGAAUGCUUGGGGUACGUCUAUCAUUUCAAUAGAUCAAGCGAGGAUGUCGCUACGCGUGUCUGAGACAUUCUGUUUAGGAACCAUCUUUUCUCCUCCAUGCAGAGGGCGUCUGGAUUUGCAUCUGCAUCUGCAUUCACAGCAUACAUGAGCUGUCGCUUUAAUGAAUGAGUUCAAGGCUGGCUGAUCUUUGCAUCGGAUCAUGGCCAACUUUCCCCCGCAGGUUGCGGACGGCACGCAAUUGCAAUCGUCAAUGUUUUUCUUGCUCAAGUCAACUUGCCAAUAUGAAGUUGGGGAGAGCCGCUCAUGGACGCAUCCCUUCAGCGGUUCAUCAGACUUUCUCAUUUACCUUUGCCAUGGUUUCCCAGUCUGAUUUGACCAAGCCGGUCGUCAUUGCGACCAAAGUUCCUGCUCCCCCAAAAGAAAAUGGAGUCAAGUACUCUGAUGAUGGAAGUGAUCCAUUUCCAACAAUUGAGCUACGAGCUUGUUCCGAGUUCACUGAAUACGCUGCUCCUGUCGACUAUUUCAGUAGCAAAAGCAAAUUGAAGACGGUUCGAAGCUUCCGAGGAGAGCCAGUGAUUUUCGCCAUUGGCAAAGGUGAUAGAUUGAAUUGCCUUGUGCAUGAAGCUGGAGGUUCACAGGGCUGGAGCUUACAUGACGUCUCUCCCUCAACUGCAAAAGUCAUCUCGUUCGAUGUCUCGGUAUUCGCAGUGGACGAUCCAAAGACAAAUCAGAAAGCUGGCGUAUUCUUUGCAGCAGCGACACAAGUCGGCGAGGACCUAACGCAAGUUCACACCGCAUUCGUUCCUGCAUCUGCAUUUGCAAGCAGUUCAGGAUCUGCUGGAUUGUCACAAUGGAGCAAAAUUCCUUGGAGAGAUGUUGCAGAUCCCAAAGGUGGCAAAAGUGUCACGAGCAUUCUGAUUGGGUCAGUUAAAGGUAGGAAAGUAGGCCAGAGUACGACAGUCGUUUUCGCAGGUACCAAGCUUCAGAGAUUGAAGGCUGCGACGUAUUAUGCCAUUGACCCAACUGAGAAUGUCACCGAUCCAUGGGUCCCAUUCUCCCCUGAUUCUGAAGCUGAUCAGAUCUUGGACGUUCAACCAGCUUCUCUUCAGGGCGAGGAUGGACUGUUUGUCUUUUCCGAAAAGAGCGAUCGUACUGAAUGCCUGAUAUAUUCCUUGGCACCAGAGACUCUCGACAAGACGAAUUCCAAGAAUACGCUUCCAGGAAAUCUUGGGAAGAUCAAUGCUAUUUGUUCGAGCAAGAAUCCAUGGAACUUCACCGACUUGAUCUUUGCUUCUGAAAAAGGUAUCGGCUUUAUCAACUUCAAACAUCCCACCGAUGUACCACAAGAGGUCACGGGUCUUCCUAAGAUCGGCUUCAGGGAAGUUGUCUGCAACGAGAAGAUCAACCCAAACAACCAAGAAGAGACUUGUAUCACCAUGUUCGCAGUCGCUGACAACGACGAUCUGUACUACAUCCAAGGUUCCAGGAAAUGGAAGAAAGAUGGAUCCAUUACCUUGGCUUCAUCAGGAUUGCCUAUUCGCCAGAAUGUGUCUCGAGUGUCAUGUCAGUUCAACGCGGCGAUGAAUAGCAGCGAGCUGAUUUACACUGGAACGGGAGCCAAUGAUGUCAAGCAUCUGCUUCGUGAUCCUGAGACAACCUGUUGGUCUGAGUCUACUAUUUCAUUUGCGGCACCAAGGUCACUCACAAAGUACCAAGCAUAUGUCACGACAGUGUCUCUUCGGAGUACGGAUGGACGCAGCGUUGGAAAGGAUUUUGCUGUCAAGAUCAAGUCUGAAUCCAUGGUGGUUCUCAUCAAUGACCGUUCUUACGGACUGAGCACAAAAACCAGAGAGGUUCGCACAGAUGGACAAGGUCAGCUCAUUGUGGUAUCGCAAGCAUCCGAGAGCCUCAAGACCCCGGCCUACGCGAUCGAGAUUUCUCGUGAGGGCAUUACACACACCGCGGUGAUUGACGGUGGUCAGAGAGUGGUUGAGGGUCUUUCAAAGAUGAACAGUCCCGAGAAAUUGGCGAAUGCAAAGUCAACUAACGGAGAGGCCAUCUUCGAGAAAGGAGCAUUGCAAAAUCGUCAAGAUGACUUCGAGCAAUCAGCUGGAUUGUUGAAAGAAUUUCCCUCUAUGCUCUCCGGUCUUUCAUCUCAAUCAGCGGACAAGUCUGGAACUGAAGUCACACUCGAGCGGGAGAACUCGGCAGUCAGUUCAUUGGCAACAAUGAAGAUGUCGGCCAUCGAAGUUUCAGAAAGCAGCGUAACUGAUUUCCUCGGAGAUGCACUGGAAUGGAUUAGAGGAGAAGUCAAGAACGUAUUCAAAGUUGCGUUUAAGGUGGUAAUGAAAGGUGUCAAGUUGAUCUUGACCAUUGCCGGGAAGGUUAUCUCAUUCGUUGUUGACACUGUCGGGCCACUCGUUCACGCUGUGGGAACCUUCUUGAAAGACAAGCUUGGACUUGAUUUUGGCAAACUUUUCAAGAUGCUUGGCCUCAUCUUUAAUCCGGAGAAGACGAAGCAGAACCAAAAGUUGCUUGAGACAACCAUCAAAACAGUCUUGACCUUGCCCGGGCAGCUGGUUCGAGCGAACAGCCAGAAUCUGGACGAUUUGUUCGAUCUCAUGGAAAUGGGCCUCAAGCCGUAUCUGGGUAACAACACAAAGAUUCAAAGUAGCGAGGAUCCAAACACGAGAUUGAAAAAAUCUCCCCUCGGUUGGCUGUUCGAUAACCCAGUCAUCAAGAUCAUCAUGAAGCUGAAUCCACUUUCCAUCAUCUUGGAAGCUUUUGCAGAGGAGUUCGACGCAUCCGGACUUGGAGAUGACUUUGAGGUCCCGAACUUUGUUGAAUUCCUAACUCCACUUGCAACUACAUUGUGGAAUGGGUUCCAAACUGUGGUCGUAGAUCUCUUGGACUUCAUCAAGGACCUUUGGUCAAAGGUCUCAGAUGCUGCUUCGGACCCUUCGAAGUCGAUGGAGAAGAUCCGAGAGGUGUUUCAAGCGGGCUUUUGGUUCCUCUUCAACACAGUGAAGACUCUCGUGAAGACCGCAUGGCAAGCAGUUGGGGAUUUUAUGGACGGGCUGGUGAAGUUCCUUGAAGCAAAGUGGAAAUUCCCCUUCAUCACCUCUCUCUUCGAGUGGUAUGCAGAGCAGCCCUUCACUCUCAUGAAUGUUUGUACAUUUGUCCUGGCUCGAGUAUUGGGGAUUGUAAUCGGUGAUGACAAUGUUGCCAAGUAUAUUGAUCCUGGAAAUACAAUGGACGAGCUGAGUGCGGUUGCCAAGCGAAGUGAUAUCUUCUCGAUCGAUCUCAAGUCCGUUAUGAGCAUGCAGAUUCCGACCGAGUCUGUCGUUGUGGCAAAUACUCCAGCCAGAAGCGCAGGUAUAUCAAGCCAAUCCAUGAGCGCUGGGACUCAACGACUGGGUCAAUCCAACAUGUCGCUAUCCGCGAACAGGUCUCCUAUGUUGAAGAUGGGGGUCAACAAUUCGACGCAAGCUCACCGAUCAUUCUCAACUUCGACUAAGCCAGCGGCCAAUACUGCACAGCAUUCCCUGUCCAAAGAUGCAAAGGCUCGAAUCCACAAGUACGAGAAAUGCUCUAGACUCACCACCUCCAUCGUGGGGAUAUUCAAGUUCGCCACGAUCUCUAUGGAAACCGCACAUGUAUUUGCAGAGGUAGGAGCAGCCGCCCCUGUAGACCAUGAUGGGCCGCAGAUGGCACUUCCGAUCAUGACGAUUAUCACCACGUCGGUGGCCUUCGCGGGGAGCAUAGUGCAUUUAUGCAACUGGAUUGUUGCUCGCAAUUACUCGGAAGAGGUCAAGCUACACCUCGAUGACAGCUUUGCGUCCAUAUGUACUGGUGUUGCCGUGGGAAUGGGCAGUAAUGCUAUAGCUAUUGGGUUCUCAAUUGCCAGCUACUAUGCCAAGAAGAAGGGUACGACUGCUGCGGCUGGUAAAGGCUUUGCCGCUGUGUCUGGUCUCUUCUUGUGUAUCGGCUCGUACGGGGAGACUGUUGGGAUACAUCUCGUUCCGUCAUUCAGUUCCGACGAACCAGACCUCAUUGGCAAGACACUGGGUUUCGUUGAAGCCAUAGGGACAACUGGAGCUUUGGGGGCCUUACUUGCAGCCCACGCGAAAGAUCCUGACUUCACAACCCUUGGGUUGGUGGUUGAUGGCCUUUCCACUCUCGUCAUCACCUUGACAGGAUUAACAUUGCUUGUGAGCGAUGAUGGCGGACAUUAGUUUGGAAACAGGUUACACGAGCGCUUCGGGAAUACAAGGUAGCAACGUGAAACAUAGCAAGCGCUGAACCACUAGAUUCAGUGGUCCUAAAUCAGCCACCGCAUGCAAGUCUUAUUUGGUGCUGCAUCAAAAGUGACAAAGAAGUGCGGAUGAGAAACCCAAACCAGUGAAAUGCCGAGAAUUCCGAAAACCCCACUUCAGGGCCGAGACAGCGGG